AUGAAGCGCAAGGCGGCCGCGAAUCCAUCCGACCGCAAGGUGGCAACAGAUGCAAAAACGUCCAAUAAAUCACCGAAAUCUUCCAGCCAUCAUCCAAAACUGAAGGAUUCCAAAGCGGAUUCCAAAGUGGAUUGCAAAGUGGAUUCCAAGGGUUUGUCCGAAAGGCGCUUGAAGCAAUACUCCGUGGCCCAAAAAGGGAAAUUCCCGUUGACCGUGGGCAUCACCGGUGCCCGUUGCGGGGACUUGCUCCGCGGGGUGGAGGAGGCCAGCAACGGCGACGUGGCCAAUGUGGUGCUGCGCCUGGUGGCUGGGCAGGUGGCAGCGCCUUUGAUCAUCCGCCGCUCGGUGGAAGCGGAGCUGGGACGGGAGGCGCUGCUGGCGGCGGUGGCGAAGCAUUUUGGCAUCUCCCGGGCCGCCGCGGAACUGAGGUACAACGACUUUCCAAGCUCCGAAUGUCCCAAUCAUCAACCCUUGGGCUCUGGAUGUUCCCAUGGCAUUGAGGAGGAUUGCACCUGUGCGCCCAUGGCGUCAUUCGUGAUUGUGUCGCAGGGUGUGUGGCAAAACUUCGCCGAACAACAUGGCAAUGGAGCAGAGUUACAGGCCAUGGUUUCCGAGCGACGAGUAGUGUGCUGGCGAGAUGUCCUCAAGCUCAUGUACACUCCAGGUUUACCCGAGGGCAAAAAACUCAUUUUGCGGCCGCGGCUUUUUGAGAUCGUUGCGGGUCCGGAAGAGGUUCUACCAACGGAUCCGGCUUUGUCCAAGGGAUCACUGGUGGAUGGUUGUCAGGUUUGGCCUGAAGUGUCUGGUUCGGAUGUGACAUACUUGCGCCUGGAUGACUUCCUGGUGCGGGUCCCGAGUUCAUCUUCCACUGCUUGGACCAUUGAAGUGGAGACCAUUUGUGAAGCUUUGAACGGUUUGGUGGAAGCUUCCGCAUGCGAACAGCAGGUGAGGUACGCCCUGAAGCAUCUGAAAGCCUUAAGUUUGGGUGCCCUGAAAAGCUGUGUGCAGAAGUUGAUCCGCUUCCAUGCCAGCCUGGUCCAACUGGGUUCCGCCGGUCCCAACGGCGGCUUUUCCCCCGAACUUCAGCUCUUCACCCGCGGCUGCACCGCGGCCUUGAAACGUCUGGCCGUGAUUCUGCUGGAGGAUGCCUGGGUGGAAGCCGAGGACACGCCGCAGCAGGUGGCUGCGCUGUUGGUCCUGGGGCUGGUCACGCAGAGGAUGCACGACUACGAACCGCCACGGCAGCUGAUUCUGGCGGUUCUGCGGCUGGCAGCGAAGGCACAACGGUCCAAAUGUAUCAUUGCAUGGCGCAGUGAAAAGGAUCAGAAAGGAGCUGGAAAGCAGGUGAAAGAUGUGAAAGGUGAUGGAGGUGAUAAUCUACUGCUGGUUUCUGAAGAGCAACAGCAGGCGAUCCAAACUUCAGCUCGUUUACUUCGCAUUUUGCGAAGUUUUCCAGGUGACAUGGACAUGUUCGAUAUCGUGGCCCAAUGUAGCUGCUCGGGAUUCUUACCGUUGUUGCGUGCAGAAAGGGGGCCGGAUGUGAUGCCUCUGUGUCACAUCGUGGACCAACACACCUUCCGUGGCAUCGGUCAUCUAUUGGGAGAAGACUCGGGGGGAAGCUUCGCAGAUCGAUUUCGGAUGCUGUUUGAGAAAUGCACCGGGUGUAACCCCAGACUGGCGGAUCUGUCUGGCUUUGAGUCCCGACCGGAAGUUUCCCUGGCACGUUUUGCCCAGGGCUUGUGUUUGAACAUGGCACUGCAGCAGUCCCGGAAGGUGUUACCGGUGAUCUCGGAAGGGGUUCAUGUGAACCUGGAACUGGAUACUGGGGUGCUUCCUGCUGCAGUUGGGCCCCUUCCAGUCACCUUAGCAGGGCGGAAGCCUAAAGAAGCUGAGACUGAAGGGAGCCAGAAAUCCAAGAAGCGCAAAAAAGAGGAUGCUGAGAAAGUUGACAAACCCCAAGUCGUGGGAAAACGCGGCAAGCGCGACUUGUUGGUUUUGCUGGGUCUUCGAUGUCCAGAGGAUGAGGUGGUGAUGCAGAAGCCAGUCAGAGCUACAAGAGACUUAUUUGGAGAACUGACAGACCAAGAGAGGGCUGCGGCUGUCCAGCAGGCUCGUUCUCAGUCACAUCGACUCCAAUCUCCCCUGCUUCCAGGGCUGAAAACUGCCAGCUUCAAUGGUCAGGUUGGUCAGUGGAUGGUGGAUGGUCAAACCUGGACGAAACUCCUGAAAGACGGGGUGAAGUUGAAAGUUCCCCUGGUCUCCUCCCCUUUUUGGUGCCCCGCGUCGAAGUGUUGCCUCACCCCGGAGCGCAUGGCGCAACUCCUGCGCGACGAUGCAGCGGUGGCGGAGGCCAUGAACGUCACAGGCGUUGGGAUGGUCCCGGAGGCCCAGCAGCUGGUGAUUUCCAUGAGCAGCGCAGUGCCCCAUGGCACCUCCCUGCGUGCUGUGGCCCUCUUGCGACAGCAAUACAGCACCAUUGCAAUGCCGACUCCUUCCCUUCAAGGAACCGCUGAUGGAGUAGGUCUGGCAGCCUAUGAGGGAGACUGGUGGGUCUAUCGAUUCCUGGUUUUGAUCUCCAGGGUGAUGCCAGUGGCAUUGCGCCCCAGUAUGCCACCCAACUUCCAAGUGCUGAAUCCCAUCUUGCUGCGCAUACUGGAGAAGUGGAUCAUGGAAGGUGUUCAACAGGGAACAUCUUCAAGUCCUCAGGGUGGCUUGGAAGGUUCACAUUGGAAGGAUCAGAAACUUUGGAAAGAGAUGGAGAGCCAUGCCUCCCUAAAGCUGAUGGAGCAUCAGCGGGAAGCCAUAGAUCGCAUGAUGGAGCGUGAUCAGGAGCUCAAAUGCGGAGGUCAUUUUCUCAUCAUGGACACUGGUCAUGGAAAGACAGUCACAUCACUCCUCUAUGCUUACAGGUGGCUCUGCCUGCACGGCCGCAACGUGGCGCGGAUCCUAUGGAUCACCCCGGCGGGAACGGUGGAGAAUCUGCUGAAGCAGCUGCGCAGCACUUGGCAUUGCCCGACUCAUUUGGUGCCACGGAUCUCACAAGCCAAAAAACCCAAAGUUGGUGAAACCCUGGAUUUGGUCCUCAAGGAUUUCAUGGUUAAUGUGAUCCAUGCGGACCACCUACGAACAGCGAUCGACAAGGGGUUGGCUGUGCAGGCCACCUCCUCUGUGAUCAUCUUUGAUGAAGUGGACGAGAUGUAUGCCCCCACCCUCCGCACCAGCGCCGCCCGGCGCUUGUGUCAAAACUGUCCAAAGUUCGUAGCCCAGACAGCCACGCCCAUGCGGAAGAACGAGUCACAGCUGCUGGCUUGGCUGGCGGAUACCUGCGCAUUUCCAGUGGACAAGAGGAAUUGGUUGGUGGCUGCAUCGGGCAUGGUUUCCAUGCAGCUUGAGUUAAGCAUUUCCGCACGUGAAGAGGAAGUCCUUGUCCCUAUGGUGGAUGCCGUCAGAGACCGUUGCCGUCAUCUGUUCGCAUCACACGGCGCUGCACAAUGGCUUGAGAUGGCGCGUGUGGUUCAAGAACACACGGAUGCGGCCAUGGUUCAACAUGCCGUUCAAGCCGCCAAGCAGGACAGGUCCAAACAUCCGUAUGGUGGUGUUUUACUGGUGGCUGACUCGCGCCAGCAUGCCGAGAAACUGAUGAAGCUCAGCGCUGUUCAUCUGCCAACGGGCGACUUUGCAUCCCUGGAAGCCUCGGAUGCUGAGAAGUUUGCCGUGGUGGUGGUGACCAAGGACAAAGACCGUGGCUACAAUUCAGCACGCCGACUGGGUGUGCUGGUCACCGGAGCCUACCCUGGUAAUGCUGCCUCACGGCAUCAGCUCCGGGGGCGGCUGAGACGGUUGGGACAGAGGCGCAAGGAGGUUCGAUUUGUCACAGUUUGUAUGGAGAAUUCCAUUUUACAUCUCCUACACCAGCGGCACAGUGCAGUGGAUACCAUGAACAUUUCGUUGGAACAGUUGGGCCAACGCUUCAGCGCAGAAGUUCUGAAUGGCUUGAGGGCACCAUGA